UUGGGCCUCGCCCUCCUCUGCCUCCAGUCCUCCUCUUACAUUCCAGUCCUCUGUACCUGACUACAGCGUGUUCGCUUCAGCCAUGUCUCACUCCGCUGUCCAGGGAAGCAUCGGGAGCCACUCUGCCAUGGGGUUCCGCUCCCACAAAAUUUACCUCUACGAGUUUGAGAAUUUCCAAGGCCGCAGGAUGGAGCUGACUAACGAGAACCGUAACCUGUGUGAGAAAGGCUUCGACAGAAUCGGCUCCAUCAGAGUGGAGUGUGGCCCUUGGGUGGGCUAUGAGCAGCAGAACCUGACUGGUGAGAUGUUCAUGCUGGAGAAAGGGGAGUAUCCCCGCUGGGACACCUGGUCCAACAGCUACAGGUGUGAUCGCCUCAUGUCCAUCAGACCCGUCCGCAUGGACACUCAGGAUCAUAAGAUCUGCCUGUUUGAGUGCAUGAACUUUGAGGGACGCAAAAUGGAGGUCUGUGAUGAGGACAUCCCCAGCCUGUGGUCUUACGGCUUCCAGGAUAGAGUUGCCAGCAUCCAGGUCCUCGGUGGAACGUGGGUUGGAUACCAGUACCCUGGUUAUCGUGGCUACCAGUACGUGUUUGAGUGUGGACCCUUCAAGCACUGGAAUGAGUGGGGCGCACACCACCCCCAGAUUCAGUCGAUACGCAGAGUGAGGGACAUGCAGACACACCGCCGCGGCUGUUUCGAGAUGAACCCAUAGGAGGGACAGUGGUUGCACGCAACUGGACAGAGGGACAAGGCCCUGUAGGAGGUGACCCCCUCCCCCCCCUCAGGAAGACCUCCAGUCUUCUCAAGAGUUCCAAUCAUCUGGGAGCUGUUACUUUUUUUUUCUAAAAGUGCCCUCUAUCACUUUCACCAGUUCUAUAUUAAAGGGAUUUUGGGAAUCAGUCAAAACACUGCCAUAGCAGUAUGGUGGUAGUAACUGACAAAUACUGGAAGACUUAGAAAAUACUGGUAAUAGUGAUGGAAUGAAAAUGAAAAUGUUCUUUAUUGCAACCCUAUACUUAUAUUAUUGGACACAGAUUUGAUAUUUCCCACCAUAUUACAACUCUUUUAACCAAGAACAGUAGAUCUUUAGUUUUGUUUAUGACUUUGUUCAUAUUACAGCACCCCCUUUUCUUUAAACUUUUAUACACCUUUUUUCUCUUUUACAUUUCUUAACUAUAUUCUAAUUUGUUUGAUUAUAUCAAUUAAGUGAAAGGCUUUUCCAUGCAUUUAUGUCAUAAGGGUUUUGGCCCAUUUUCGAGCCAAUGUAAAUCUUCUCAAAGCAGGCCUCACCGCCCUGACAGAUCACUGUAGUGAGCACAAUCACCCAAAAGAGGGCACUGUUCUGCCGCCCUGUUUUCAGAUGUGGCCCAGAUUUACCCCAAGGUCACAUUUGCCACUUUAGAAACCCCUAAAUGAGAAAUUACCAUGAGAAGUUUGCACUCAUCGGAUGGGCUCCACCAGGUUCGUGUAGAGCUCGCAAACUCGUAAUGAUCUCAUAUGUCUGCAGCUGGGGAUAUCUGUAAAUGACACUUUCAGUGGAGGGGUCGCCGGAUGGUGGAGUGCGUGUUUUCCGUGGACAGACUUUACACUCCCCUGUGACUGGCUGAUCCUGCGGUCAUGUUACACUGUAUCUUUCUCAGGGAUGCUGGCAUCUGGAAAGCAACUUUCCUAAAUGAUA